GAACACUCCUGCCUCACUCUCUAGACCUAUGGGAGAUACCACUCCUCUCCUGGACAUGGCUGAUGGAAAGGAGCCUUGGUUGGGGUGGAUUUAAAUCUGAGAGAGGUGGAGGGGUCCCUCUGCAUUCUUUCAUACCAACCCCUCAGAGCUCUGUUCCUUUCCGCUGUGACAACAGACACUCGUCCCUUUCCUCCCUGUCCACCUCUCCAUCACCGCCCACCCGCCGCCCAUUCCCUUUGUCUCACGGAACCACUACCCUGGCCUUUGUGUUCCAAGGAAGUGUUAUAGCAGUGGCAGACACACGUGCCAGCUGCUCAGGGCUUGUCUCCUGUCCCUCUGUCCAGAAGAUUCUGCCCAUCCACUCCCAUUUACUGGUCACCACUUCAGGCAGGAGAAUCCUGGCUAGAGAGAUCCGCCUUUACCAGCUACGCCACGGCUGCCGCUUGUCAAUCACUAGCUUUGCCAAGCUCCUCUCUCAUAUAUUGGAACCGUUUAAGGGGACUGAUGUGUGUGUGGCAGCCAUUAUAUCUGGCUCGGAUGUAGAGGAGGUUAGGGUUGAUUCUUGUAGUCAGGAUGACUUGACUGGCAGGGCCAGUGACAGAACAAGACAUGCAGUAACUGACGGGAACCUGACAAUAUCCCUUGCCAGUGAUCGUUGUGUCCCAAAGCUCUUCUAUGUGUGCAGUGACGGCACCCGUCUGUAGGGAAAGUUUUUCUCAGUGGGCUCAGGUUCGCCCUAUGCCUAUGCAGUACUGGAUGGAGGGGUUCGGUGGAGCCUGAGUGAGGAGGAGGCAAUCUCAUUGGCCAGAGAAAUUGUGUACAGGGCCACACACAGGGAUGCAUAUUCAGGGAACUGUGUGGACCUCUUUCACAUCACUGCCCAAGGAUAUAGCCACAGAGACAGGGAGGACUUGAGAGAGGAGUACCACAGAGAGAAGGGAGAGGGUGCUGAAGAUGGUGAAAGAAUGAAUGAAAGGAGGGAGGGAAAAGGGACAUUUGAAUAGGGAAAGAUGCAUGGGGAAAGGGAGAGAUUAGGGCUGGGGAGAGCGUUGCCUGACAGACUGUGAUACCUUUUGGUUGUUGUUUGGUACA